GUCAGGCUCAGCGGAGCGACGUCGGAAGAAGUGAGCCAAGUGGCGAGAUCGCUGGCUUUUAUGACCAACUUGGUUACCACUCUGGUUGGUCGUAUGGACAGAGUGGAGCAGAACCAAUCCCGAGGUGGAUCUACAGGGACAGGAGAAAGAAGGACCACGGCUACCGAAGGACCGAUGGAGACGCCCAUGGGUGGAACUCCUGAAGCUGCAGGGCUGGGCUACGUGGAUCUGGAAAGGCUGGAUGUGCAGAUGGGACGAAUGCAUUUGGAUGCUGGAGAGCCUACAGCAGACCGCCCGCUGGCGACGAUGGACAGGAUCUUUGUUGGAAGAGGUUAUCCAGGUUCUUUGCUGGGUCCUCUGGCUAUACCUUCGGGCCAAAUCGUGCUGCAGGGAUAUCCUCAAGGUGCCGUCCAUGAGUAUGCCGCAGGUGCCUUCUCAAAGUAUGCCUCAGGUGCCCUCUCAAAGUAUGCCUCCGGUGUCCUCUUCCAGUAUGCCGCAGGUGUCCUCUUCAAGUAUGCCGCAAGAGUCUUCUUCAAGUAUGCCACAGGAAUCCCGACGGAUGGUGUCCCCAAUGGUCACGGUGGAGAACGUGAUGGCGGUGAGGCGACGCAGGCCUCAAAAGGGACAGCGGGUGUUCCAGCUACUGGCUUUGUGUGCGUCAAUGGGAGCUGGGCCCCGUACUACCUCGUGCAAGGUCAAAUGGUGAUUCACGAUGCAGGGCUCUACGGGAUUAACGCGGGAGUUCCAGGGGGAGGUCAGCAGAUGGCGUUUGGGAAUCCAGAACUGGGUACUGUGCCCCCACCACCACCGCCGCCUCGUCCAAGGUCACCUGUCACGCCGGUUCGGAGGCCGGCGGCUGGAAACAAUGCCACUCCGGGUGGGACUCCGGUGCCGCCACCUCCGCCUACACCUCUGCCUGCUGCUACGGGAUCUUCGGUGGGUGGAGGAGGAAGUGUCCAGAGAUGGCUGGAGUCGACCCCGGUGGACAGACUCCAGAUUCGAACGCAGGUGCUGGCGCAGAGGCCGGCGGUGGACAAGUACCAGAGAGUGGAGCAGCGUGCCUCGAUGCUGUUGCUAGACAGCCUUCCGGAGGAUCUCAAGGCUGAGGCGGUUUCAGUGCGGGCGGUGACGGUCGAGGCCAUGGUGUUCCUUGUGCACUGCUCUUUCCAGCCGGGUGGCUCUGCUGAGAAGGCUUACUUGUUGCACUUCCUCACCUCGCCCGAUGCCGGGAACACAGUGGAUGCAGCGGUGGCGUCUAUCAGGAAGUGGAUUCGUCUUCUGCGGAGGGGAAAGGAGCUUCAGGUUGUACUACCCGAUCCCAGCCUUCUUUGCAGGGGUCUGGAUAAGCUACACGCUCAGGUCUUUGCUCAGAACAAGCACCCCAGCGCGGCUUUUCGGAUCGCAAGCUUCAAACUGGAUCGGCAGUUGGACUACAAAGCCAAGGCCUCGGACGUGGAGGACUAUGCGCAGCUGGGGGAAUGCUACUUCGGUUCCAGCAGCUACGACAUGGGCGACUUCUCAAAAUUCGCUGCCUUACUCUACAACCACCUCUUCGCCAGGAUAAUGGCCACCGUUCCGUGUCCUUCGGAGCUUCGUGGUGUACGUGGUCCUUCUACAGUGUCGGAGGAGGAAAAGGAUCAUGAUGGGAGCGGGUUUCGCUCUGCUACCUGGGCGGCGUGGGCGCCGCGACUCAAGGAGGUGAUCAAGUCCGAAGUGGAGGUGAGUUUGGCGGGAGCUACCUUGGAGCGCGUGAUGAAGAUGGACGCCAGCUUCCUGGAGCACCUUCGAAGGGAUCACAUUCCUUAUCGGAGAGAUUGCAGGGCUUGUUUGGCCGGAUCGUUUCGCGGUCACAUUCAUCGACGGGUGGUGGCACCGGACGCUUGGUGUUUGUCGUUGGAUGUGAUUGGUCCAGCCCGCCAAGGCGAUGACGAACGUCUAAAAAAGGUCAAGUAUGGCUUGAUUGCGACGUUGGCGGUGCCGGAUGUGCUUGGCAAACUUCUCCAGCCAGCGGAGCCCAGCGAGGACGAUGAUGGAGGAGGAGUGGGACCAGUUGUGGAGGAGGAUGACCCUUUGGAGGGUGAUGAAGUGGGUCCCGAAGAAGAUGCGGAUGAGCCUUUGUCGGCGGCGGAGAAGCGGCGCAGUGACAAGGAAGAAGCCAAGUGGGAGGCUCUUGUUGCUAAAGAGAAGAUCGAGGAGGUGACUAUGGUGGAGGUUCCCUUCUUUAUGCCGCUGGGAUCCAAAACUGCGGCGGAAGUGUUGACGGCCACCAAAGAGAUUCUUCUACAAGUUCGUCGACUGGGUUUGGUGGUCAAGCGCGUGCACACGGACUGCGGAAGGGAGUUUGUCAACAAGGCGUUUCGAGCUCUAUGUGCAGAUCGGGGCUUGGUGCGCACCACGACGGGUGGUGACAACUUCCGCUCCAAUGGCCGUGUGGAAGCGCUGGUUGGGAGAGCUAAAAGUGCGGUCAGAACCCUGCUGAGUUCGUCAAAAAUGGGACCGGAGGCUUGGGCUUUCGCGAUGAGGCACUACACGGCUAGAGUACAGUGGUCUGUGGUCACUCAGUUGGGCGGUCGCUAUCCUCGUCUGCCCCCUUUUGGAACCAAGGUCUUUGUCAAGAAGAGAUCCUGGCAGAUGCUCAAGGAGGAGUUUGUGGAGAAGGUGGCACCGGCCCGGAUUCUGUGCCCAUCCAUGGAUGUGGCGCGCGGUUUCUUGGUGAAGACGGAGGAUGGGAGCUACCUUACUACAAUGGUGGCCGUGGAGAAUGUGAAGGAGACCUCUGGAGAGUUUGAGGUGGAUGCGGCACCUACGGUGGGUGCUCAGCCGGGGAAGCGUCAUCGGAUCAAGGGCAAGACCACAAUGGCCAUUGCAAAGUGCGAGGAGCUGUGCAAGUUAGAUCCCCAGCAGGAGGAACAUCUCAUCCAGGAUGAGGAGUGCGCUGAAGUGUUCCUGGAAGCCCAGGAUUUUUCCCCAGAGGCCAUGGAAGAGCUCCUGGGUGGCCUUUGGUUGGGUGAGGCUAUGGUCACCAAUCGGCGAGGAAAGACCUUUGACUCAGGCUCGAAGGUUUCAGCGCAUGUGGCUGGGAUGUUUCGCCAUGGAGGAGUGGUGGGAGCUACCAACUUGGCUCGACAGCGUCCUGCCCUUACCAAGUAUCUGGUCAUGGCCAUGAAAGCACAACUCCCUCCGGGAACUACAUUUACCACCCUUGCCCUCAACUUCAACACGCCUAUGCAGUGUCAUUGCGACACCAACAACAAGCCGGGUGAAAAGGCUUUCCUCAUGGGCUUCGGCAACUAUGUGGGAGGAGCGUUGUGGUGCCAUGAAAACUGUGCUUCCAAUGAGGUCACGUGGAAAAAGGUUCAAGGCCGCUGGCUACCUGGUCGCACUCACAAUGUCUACCACAGGGCGGUACCGUUUGAGAUAGAUCCGUCCUUGUGUAUCUGUCGGGCGUCUGCCAGUGGUCCACAGGAGUUCUACAUUGGAGACCCUGUUCCUGAUGAGUUGGACUCGGGCGAGAAUGGGGUGGUUAGCAAUCUAGUUUUGGGCGAUGGUGGGAUGGAGUCGUGGCUACAGGAAGAGUGGGGAGCGUAUGGACCUCCUGAGGUGGCGCAGCUCAAGACCGUCGCGGAGGAACAGGAUGUCUCCUACCAGAUUGUCGGGGCUGAAGUUCCGUUGGAAGUGGGGUGGGAUUUGUUUGAGGCCUAUUUGGAUGGACUUCGUCUGGCUUUGGUACAGGAGGAGUAUGCUGAGAGAGACCACCUUAUUCGACAAAGCGAAGACGGUGAUGAGUGCCAAGGACCUCUUGCCCAGUGGAUGUCCAGCCGAAGGGCCUUGGAGGAGGUGUUGGGGUUGGCCAAGGAAGUCGAAGACGACCCGCAGUGUGCUGGCCUUCGCAAGGCUGAGGCGACGGUAGACGAUGAGGAGGCUCCCCUUCACACUAAGACGAUCCCCAACGAGAUUGUGCGCCGGGAGAUUGAGAAGUGGGUGCCCAGCAUGCUCUCCGAGUACGAGUCCCUCGUAAGAGACAAUGAGGCAGUCGAACCGUUCCCGCCGGAAACUCUGGAACAGUGGAAGAAAGAAGGAAAGGAGUUUGACUUGGUGCCCGGGAAGACUGUGCACACUGUGAAGGCGUUCACCGGACGACUGAAGAGCCGAGCGGUCAUCUGUGGGAAUUUUCUGGGGCAGAGUUUCUCCAAGGAUCAGAAGUACGUGCCGAAGAUGUUUCUCCUGGGAGGAGUGUGUCGAGAAACCAUUUGGCGAGUCAAACGGGCUCUCUAUGGAAUGGUGACUUCUCCUCGAUCUUGGGAGGUGUACAGGAACAAGACAAUGGCCCAAAUGAGGGGAAAAGUUCCGGAAGGUGAGGUUCGCUUCGUCCCCUCCGAGAUCGAUGGAAGCCUGUGGUAUGUCAUGGUGGGUGGAAGACGUGCCGGGGCCAUUAUCUGCUACGUGGACGACCUUCUGAUUGCUGGAGAAAGGAAUGUGGCUUCCGAGGCGGCUCAAAUGGUCGCUCGAACAUGGAAGUGCACGGAGCCGCAGUGGGAUGAUGUGUCGUUCAAUGGCUUCGAGAUUCGGAGGACCGAUGAGGGUUUGUUGUUGAGCCAGGAUAGCUACACCAAGGAUUUGCUGGCUCGCUACAAGGACCUCGAUGGUUUUGAGGAAACCCCGGCCCCGGUCCAGCUCAAUGCGGAGGACUUCGUGAUCAAGGCGGACGAGAGCACGGCGGAUUUUGUGCGAGCAGCUCAGACCAUGGCGGGCGAGCUUCAGUGGCUAGCAGGUCGUUGCCGUCCGGAGAUACUGUAUGCUGUGAAUCUCCUGUCACAGGCCAUCAGCAAGAGUCCAAAGGAGGCGGUGUACCGAGGUGGCCACCUUCUUCGUUACCUCAAGCGCUUUCCCGAGGCCGGAAUCUUGUACAAAAAGGAGGCCCAGUUGACCGAGGACGCUCAGGUAUCCUCUGCGGGCAUCGUCAUCGAGGGCUUUUGUGACGCGAGUUUUGCACCGAACUCUGGAAGGAGUCAGCAGGCCAUCAUGAUCUUUGUCAUGGGCGGGUUGGUGGCCUGGACCAGUAGCCGGCAAGCCUUCGUGACUAUGUCAACAGCGGAAAGUGAACUGGUUGGCAUCUGCGAGCUCACCACGUGCAUGAAGUCUAUCGAGCAGUUAGUCGCCGAGGUGAUGAUCCGCACUGGAGCAGCAGCCAAUGAGGUGAUGAAGGUGAUCUGCUCCGACUCCCAGGCGGCGCUGUCGGUGUGCCGCUGUGCUGCUGGUAGCUGGCGCACUAGGCAUUUGAGGAUCCGUGGAAACAUGAUUAGGGAACUGCUUGAGUUCCCCGACUGGGUCGCCUACCACUUGGAUGGACGGCUGAUGAUCGCCGAUUUGGGGACUAAGCCUCUCUCUUCGGAUCGUUUUGCCUUUCUUGUGGACAAGAUGCGAGUGGUGAGGAAGAGCCGUAUCGUUACAGGAGCGGAUCCAGUUCAGGUGAAGAAACUGCUCGCGCUCCUAUGUUUGGUGUCGCUGGUCGAUGGUGCAAGAGGUGCAGGAACCGGAAAUGGUUCUGUGGAUCCCUUCGACUACGGCUUCUUCAUGAUUUGCAUUGUUGCCGUGAUUGCGGUUUGGGAGUGCGUGAAGGGGGUCUUUUCACGACUAUGGCCGGGUGAACACCGAGGUCCUGCGAGUCCUCAGGCAGAGACCGGCUCGAGUAGGUCAGCCACUUCUGAGGGAGUGGUUGAUCGACGAGAGGUAGACUCACCCGACGACUCCUCGGCCGCAUCCUCAGGUGGGCUGCGUCAAAGAAGUCGUCUUACCGGGGAAAAACGUCCACCUACGCCUCCAGUGCCCGCACCUUUCGAGCCCCUGGAGACGGUGCACGGUACCUACAACGACUACAGUUUCAAGCCGACCGGAAAACGCGACUACUGGGAGUGGAAGGAAGCUGAGGGCGUAGUAAUCCGCUGGCAUCCGACCCCCCGUACUUUGAUGUUUGUGCCGGGACAAACCGCAGCAGGACCCACGCAGGCUCAGCUCUCGGGAGAUCGCGUCACCUACGCGAUCUUUGCCAAUGGGGAAACCAAGAAGAUCGUGGACAACUACCGGGAGCUUCAUAAACCCGCUCGUCCCGUUGCUGAUCGUGAAUGGAAAGGAAGAACAGUGCUGAAAUUAGCACCCGGGGCGAAAGGAUACACCGCCCAGUUUCUGAAUGCCUGA